AUGGAACCGUCAGUCAGCAGCGCUGACAAUAGUUCGAAUUUGCCCGAUUCCGGCCUGAUUGUGCCACGUCCAGUCCAGCAAGUGGUGCUAGAAACGUUGAUACUCGUUGUCAUGUGGACUAUCUCCGUCCUCUUCAACGGCCUCGUCUGUCUCGUCAUCUACAAAAGCAGAAGGAUGCAGUCGACCACAAACUAUUUCGUCGUUUCUCUGGCGGUAUCGGAUCUUGCCAUGGCCGUUUGCAACAUGCCGUUUAUCCUGGGGCGGCUGCUCAUUCAUAGUUGGGUGUUUGGAUCCUUCCUCUGCAAGUCCGUCCGUUUCAUCCAGUACGCUUUGCCCGGCUCGGCCAUGUAUGUCCUCGUGGCUAUAUGCAUCGACCGCUUUUACACAAUUAUUUAUCCGCUUAGUUUCAAAGUGACACGAGGAACAGCCAAGAGGAUGAUCCUUUCUAGCUGGAUAAUAGCAGCAGCCAUUGCCGGUUUCUGUUUCUACUUCUUCGAAGUGUUCGAGGAUACCUCCGCAAAACGUUGGUUUUGUCCGACGUACAUCCCGGUGCUGGACUGGGCAGGGAUAUUCUAUACAAUAUGCCUUGUACUAUUAACUUUUAUAUUCCCUGUGUUUUUGACGUUGUUUGGUUAUUUCAAACUAUUCGGAUAUAUAUGGAAGACAGGAUCCCCGGGGCCUACGUUUACACGGACUAUGAACCCCGUCCCACGAGCCAAAGUAAAAAUGGUGAAAAUGUUGAUGUUGGUAAGCACUGUCACAGUUGUAGCCUUUCUACCAUUUUAUGUGACACAAGUGUGGUACUGCGCCACAAACCCUCUGGGGGUGGAACCCACAAUUUUUGUUGUGGCAACGUGGGCGAUGUUCAGCACGAGCGUUGCUAAGCCACUGAUUUAUCUGCGUUACAACUCGAACUUCAGACGCGGAUGCAAAGAAGUAUUCUGUAUGUCAACCAUGAAGUGCUAUAGGAGUAACACGUACGCCAUUACUACUGCCACGGCUUUCGGAAAGAAGAACUUUGUCGGAGUCAUGGAAUCUACCGCCAGUACAGAUGUAAAGGUUGAUUCUCCGGUGAAGGCUUUUAACAGGGCGCCUUUGGUAGAGAAAUCUGCCUGGCCGCUAUCGUCCGCGAUGCCCUCUACAUAUUUGUGAUAUAGCCUACGCUUUUGCACACAAAGCUGGCGCGCGUCGCUGUGUGCGAACAACGGUAUACGUACAGAAUACUGUGUUGGAGCUCUUGAAUGCGCGAGCAAAUAGAACAUCGCUGGAUAUGGAUCGAGUU